CCCAAAGUAAAGUGUAUGAGCAAAAAUGGUUGAGCCAAUAUUUGACUAUCAGUUUCGCCUGAUUUUGAUAGGUGACACAACUGUUGGCAAAAGCUCUUUGCUUAGAUACUUCACAGAUGGAAAAUUUUUUGAGGUUUCAGAUCCAACUGUUGGUGUGGAUUUCUUUGCCCGACUGGUUGAAGUGGCUGAUGGGACAAGAAUAAAACUACAACUUUGGGAUACAGCUGGACAAGAGAGAUUCAGAUCCAUCACUCGAUCAUAUUACCGUAACUCAGUGGGAGCGCUUGUGGUGUUUGAUGUGUGCAAGAAGCGCAGUCUUGAACACGUGCCAAUGUGGAUCAUGGAAGCUAAGAGACACAUGGCACCUCACCAAGCGGUAUUUGUUCUAGUUGGAACCAAGAGUGACCUAUCAGAGCAGCGGGAGGUGCGUCGUGAAGACGCUGAGGCAUUGGCUAAAUUCUAUGGGAUUAAAUAUGUGGAAACAAGUGCCUACAUGGGCUCCAAUGUUGAAAAAGCUUUCACAUGCAUAACACAAGACGUCUAUGAUAAGGUAAAGGCCGGUGAGCUAGGCACAGAGGAAGGCUGGGACGGCAUCAAGAGCGGCUACGGUCGCCUGGGCAGCGGUAACUCAGACUCGUGGUGGCACUCGGCGCUGGCCGCCACGCUGCUGCUGACCGCGUCUGUCACGGCGCUGCCAUCUUCAGCUCCUCUCUCGUCCAUCAGUCACGGCGAGAAUAACGAGGUGCUGGCCGUGCUGCAGCUCGCGCCGUACGCCCUGUAUUUGCGAUACUCCUGCAAGGCUGCCGCCAUCGACUACAUUUGGAUCUUUACAUUACUUGGAUGUCUAAACUUCGUCUACAUCUGGCACAACUGCAGACUCAUCUUCAUGUUGCGGCAGGUACCGGGUUGUACGCGGUGUCUGUAUCAAACCCGCAAAUGGUUCCUGCAUGGUCGCAAAAAGUUUGGGGAAGCCAAGCCAUAG